AUGAGCCCAGCUUCUUCCACUACCACCACCAAAUCUGUCGUGACUCCCAAGUUGGACAUUUCUAAGCUGGACCGACGCAUUUACACACCGCAUGAUACGCCAUUGGAGGCCAUGCCGCAGUUGUCCAAAGCCUUGGGCAACAAGGUCAACUUGUUUAUCAAACGCGACGACAUGUUGGGAUUGACGGGGGGUGGCAACAAGACCCGCAAAUUGGAAUUUGUUCUGGCCGAAGCCAUUCAGGAAGGCGCCGAUACCAUUGUCACCUGUGGAGCCGUCCAAUCCAAUCACUGUCGUUUGACAUUGAGUGCCUGCAACAAGGAAGGCUUGGAUUGUUGCUUGGUUUUGGAAGAACGCGUGGAAGGUUCGUAUCAUCCCAAUGCCGGUGGCAAUCAUUACCUCUUUCGAUUGUUGGGCGCCAAAUCCAUCACCAAGGUUGGUUUGGGAGAAGCCCCCAAGGCGGUUGAGGCCUUGGCGGAAGAACUACGCAAACAAGGAAAGAAGGUCUACUGUGUGCCUGGUGGGGCCAGUAAUGAAUUGGGAGCGACUGCCUAUGUGGGUUGUGCUCAAGAAAUUCAGAAACAAGCUGCCGCCCAAGACAUUCAUGUCAACACGGUCGUGUGUGCCUCUGGCUCGGGUGGUACUCAUGCGGGCAUGUCCUUGGGAUUCUCCUCGGACCCCAAUACCAAUGUGAUUGGCAUUUCCACGCGCCAUCCCAAGGAUCAUCAAACCGAACACAUUUAUGGAUUGGCCCAAAAGACUUAUUCCUUUUUGCUCAAGAAGAAUGGAAUGGAUGCUAGUAGUAGUAGUAGUAGUACUGCAACAUUGCCACACGACGCCGUGGUCGUGCUCGACGACUACGUUGGGCCUGGAUAUUCUCUGCCCACGGCUGGCAUGGAAGAAGCCGUCACCAUGUUUGCCCGUCUCGAAGGAAUCUUGCUGGAUCCUGUGUAUACCGGCAAGGCGGCAGCGGGAUUGAUUGAUUUGGUGCGUCAAGGCGCCUUUCCGGAAGGAUCGAAUGUCGUCUUUUUGCACACGGGGGGAGCACCCUCCUUGUAUCAUUAUCAACCCAUCAUGCCAUCCAUGGAAGAUGCGGUGUUGCCACCGCCAUCGGAUGCUCCUGCCAACAAGAGGAGAAGCGAUUCGACCUCGAUGGAAGAAAAGAAGACGGAUUAA